AUGGGUAGCCAAAUCAACUCAGAAUCUCCCACCAUUUCUCUGCCCCAGGGCAAGCUUGUCGGCGUCAAGCUGGACGACUCAUUACCCCAACCAGUAGAUGCUUGGCUUGGUGUGCCCUAUGCUCUUCCGCCAACAGGCGAUCGUCGCUUCCGCCUCCCUGUCAAAGUUGCAUCAUCGCCAGACACUGUAAUUGACGCCUCCAAGUAUGGCCCUGCAGGGCCUGGCAAGGCGCUCCUCCCAGGCCCUAAGCUGGACCAAAGUGAAGAUUGUUUGACGGCAAAUAUCUUUCGCAAGACGUCUGAUAAGCAUGAGAAAUUGCCUGUUGCUCUGUAUAUCCAUGGUGGCGCGUUCAAUAGAGGUUCGGCCAUGAUGCACAAGACCGCGUCGAUGGUGGCCAAUGCGCCUGAUUCGUUCAUCGCCAUAAGCUUCAACUACCGCAUUGGAGCUUUGGGAUUCUUGCCCUCGAGUUUGAGCGCCAAAGAGGGUGCUUUAAAUCUCGGAUUGAAAGAUCAGAUUCUCAUGAUGGAGUGGGUGCAGGAUAACAUCGAGGCCUUUGGUGGUGAUCCCAGCAACGUCACAUUGUUUGGUCUUUCAGCUGGAGCCCAUUCUAUCGGACAUCACAUUAUGCAUUAUAAAGAAGGUGUUGCACCCCUCUUCCACAAAGCCAUUAUCGAGUCUGGAGCUCCCACAUCACGAGCUGUGAGACCAUACGAUGCACCCAUUCACGAAGCCCAGUUCAAGGACUUUCUUCGUGAGGUUGGCGUACCCGAAGACCUUCCAGAGAACGAGAUCUUCCCUUACCUCCGAAAGCAACCCGAAAAGGUCAUUACUGAUGCUCAAACUGCCACCUUUGACAAGUACAAUCCUUCACUCCGUUGGGCGUUCCAGCCCGUUAUCGACGGCGAAAUCAUUGCCCGUCCACCUCUGGAAACAUGGAAACAAGGAAAAUGGCACAAGGUGCCCAUCAUGACAGGGUUCACAACUAACGAAGGAUCACUCUACGUUGACAAGACCAUGUCCGAAUCAUCUCAAUUUAGACACUUCUGGGCGGAGCUACUACCUCUACUCUCCUCUGAAGACCUUGACACCAUUGAGGAACUGUACAGAGAUCCAGCCAAGUUCGAAGACUCAGAGUACAAGGAGACAAGGAAAGACAUGGGUUCUCAGUACAAGCGUAUCGAAGCUGCAUACGCGCACUACGCCUACGUUGCUCCUGCGCGUCAAACAGCCGAACUAGCCUCUCCAUCCGUCCCCGUGUAUCUCUAUCAUUGGGCUGCCGUGAGCACUGUAAACAACGGAGCACAACAUGCCGACAAUAUGCGCUACGAAGUGUGCGACCCCAGGGUCGUUGCAGUGUCGCCUACUCAAAACGAUCUGGCCAAGACACUGAACCACUACGUUACUAGCUUCAUCACAAAGGGUGACCCGAACGCGGUUGCAGGCGAAUACCCGGCGAGACCCAAAUGGGAGUCUUAUGAUGCGAAGAAUCCCAAGGUAUUGAGAUUCGGUGACGGGAAUGAAGAGCUGAUUGGAGGCGAUGUUGGGAAGACGGCUGUAUUUGAUAGUGAUGACUGGGGGCGAAAGCAGUCCAAGUUUUGGUGGAGCAAGGUUGAUAUCUCACAACAGUAG